AUGGCGUCAUGGGGCCUCGUUAACUUUUUGGUCAGCUUCCUGGUGCUCUUUGCUUUGGGGACAGCAUCUAGCAUGAAUUAUUCGAUCGUUGGUCCGAAAAUGUUGCGACCGGGCAGUGCCUACCAAUUUGUGGUGACCACCUACGGAGAGAAGAACAUUAGUUUUGUGCUGCAUGCUGCCAUUCAGAGAAAUUCAGAACCGUUCAUUGUUGAAAAAUCGUUUCAACUGACUACUGGUUGGUUUUCAAGUUUAAGUUCUGAGUUGCGAUAUUUAGGUCAGAUUCCAAACGUUGUGCCAGAUGGUAGGUACUCGUUUUUUGUGAAGGCAUCUGAAGGAGCCAACUUCAGCCACAGCCACGUUGUAACGAUCAAUAGGAAGGUCCAUUCAAUUUUCAUUCAGACGGAUAAAGUUUUGUACAAACCUGGCCAGGAAGUUUUGUUCAGGGUCAUCGCCAUCACGCCGGAUUUAAAACCGUACAAAGAAAAAAUUAACAUAACCAUUUACGACACUGCUCAGAACAAAAUAAAGAAACUCGUCGAUCAACAAAGUGACCACGGUGUUAUAACGAGCAGUUUAAAGCUGUCAGACAUCACUCCGCUGGGCGAUUGGAAGAUUCAUGCUGAAACUCUCCUAGCCAAUACUGAAAAGAACUUUCAAGUUGCUGAAUACGUGUUGCCUAAAUAUGAGGUUAAAGUUGAACUUCCUUCUUAUUUUUUCUACAAUGAGAACAAUCCUCCCAUGCAACAAGACUUGCCCGUCUCAGUUGUUGCCAAGUACACUUACGGCCAGCCUGUGAAAGGCACGGCGAGCGUAGAUAUUAAACUGCAUCAACAUUAUUGGUGGUCUAGUGAAUCAUUUCCAAGAAUUACUAAACUUAUUCAGUUGGUAGAUGGUAAAGGAGAUUUUUCACUCAAUGUAGCAGAAUUAAAAACUUUGUUGCCUGCUUCAUGGACAUGGGCUACGUUGGCUUAUAGAACUUUUUCUUUCGAGACGAAUGUUACUGAAACUGAAACCGGAAUAACGUUGUCAGCAAGCAGCACCAUUGAAACCAAAACAAAAAGAUUUGAUUUGGAAUUUCUGUCGAAUUCUCCAGAAAAUUACAAACCAGGAUUACCAUAUCAAGGCUAUUUGAUGCUGAAGAAUUCCGAUGGCAGUCCAACAUUAUUGAAAGACAUUAGAAACAGUGACGGAACAUUUAAAUCCGUGCAUAUCAAAUCAACAAAUUCAUACCCCUAUAACUUUUACGUUAACGACACAAGACCUCCAGAAACGGAAAUUAGCUUUUCAAUUCCUUUGACGGAAAAUGGUCACAUCGUUUUUAGCCUACAGACAUUGUUAGAAACGGACCUCAUAAAUUUGGAGGCAUCUUAUUUCGACGAAAUAUCCAACUCAACAAUAACGGCGUAUAAAAGUGUCAACAAAUUCAAAACUAGAGACAAUGGCGGCAUUCAAUUAAGUUUGAAAAAUGAUGAAAAUGUUGUAAAACCUUCCAGCGUUCUUCAAUUCCAAGUAAAAUCUAUCGAAGAAAUCAAAGAGUUUCAAUUUCAAGUUCUGGCAAAAGGUCUCAUAUUGGCCAAUCGUAGGAUUGAUGCAGGGCUCGCCAAAAAAGAGCACACUUUCAGUGUGCAAGUAACGCCUGAUCUGGCUAUUAAGUUGGCCCCCGAAGCCAGGUUCGUCGUGUCCUAUGUUACCUCUACCGGAGAACUCAUUGCUGACAGCAUGGCUGUAACAGUUGCUGAUUAUUUCGCAAACAAGGUUUCGUUGAGUUUCAACAAAAAUCAAACUGAACCUGGUGAUGAGAGUGUUUAUUUGAACGUGAAGACAAAACAAAAUUCGUUUGUGAGUUUGUUGGCUGUGGACCAGUCGGUGCUGCUCCUCCGUGCUGGAAAUGAUAUCACCCAAGACAUGGUGAAAGAUGAACUGUCUUCUUAUCUGGAAGUUAGCUAUCAUGGUGGUCGCCAUCCAAUUCCAUUUGCAAGACGCAAGCGAAGCAUCGGCUGCUGGUGGCCCAUUUGGCUGGGAGGCAGUGACACUUCUUCUGUCAUUGAUAAAGCUGGGUUGUUUGUUAUGACAAAUUUGCAUGUCUACAAGCCUGAACCCAGAUAUUGGUAUCCCAGAUAUUACAUGCCUGGUCUUGCGGGUCCACCUAUGGCUUUUCAGUCUUCAAUGGCUGUCCAAAUGGAUUCUUUAGAUUCUGCAAUGAAUCGAGUCGAAUUUAGUGAAGCAAGCUCGCCGACUUCAUCACCAAGUGUUAGUGUUAGGAAGAAAUUUCCUGAAACAUGGAUUUGGAGUGAAGUGAUUUCCAAUUCAAAUGGAGAUUACCAACUGAAAGUGAAAGUUCCAGACACCAUCACAUCGUGGGUGGCAUCUGGAUUUUCUGUUAAUCAAGAUGUUGGUCUUGGGUUGUCAGAAAGUCCAGCCAAGAUAACCGUUAUUAAACCGUUCUUUGUUUCGUUGAAUUUGCCCUAUUCCAUCAUAAGAGGGGAAGAAUUUGCCCUUCAAGUUACAGUUUUCAAUUACUACGGGCAGGAACUAGAGGCUGACGUUAAACUAUUAGCUUCAAAUCAUUUUAAAGUAAUAAAAUGUGAAACGAAAGAAAGUCAGUCUGUUGAUGUCACAAAGAAAAUUAAAGUUAGAAACAACGAUGGUAAGUCAGUGUACUUCUGGGUGGUUGCCACAGCACUCGGUCAAAUACCCAUUGAAGUCAGUGCUCAUGCAGGGUUGGCUGCUGAUGCCAUGAAGGCCACACUGCUCGUUAAGCCUGAAGGACAAACCCAAUCUUACAGCACAUCUCAAUUCAUUCAACUGUCCUCAAACGAAACUCUUGAUACUGAGUUUCAAGUUACAUUGCCUGCAAGAGAUGUUCUAGUUCCUGGAUCUGUUGUUAUAGAAGUAACUGUCAUUGGAGAUAUCAUCGGAACAGCACUGAACAACAUUGACGACCUUCUGCAAAUGCCAUACGGAUGUGGCGAACAAAACCUUCUCAAUUUGGUGCCUGAUGUCUACCUCCUCAAGUAUCUUACUGAAUCGGAUCAGCUCACUGAGGAGUUCAGCCAGAAAGCUAAAGGAUUUAUAAACGCCGCCGAACUUUUGCAUAUUUGCACAUUCCCGGUAGCAGUGCACAAAUCAGCUAACAGAUUUUAUCAAAUUUUAUCAUGA